CAGCGCGGGGGCGGCGGCCACUGUGACGGCGGCGGCCGCCGCCAUGUUGUGGUAGUUUGUUGUUCUCCUGCGGUGGGUGCUUGUGUGGGGGCGGCGGAAAAGGGGACUGCUAGGUACUGAAUCCUGAGCCCUUUCCCGUCCCCCUCAGCUCCCUGCUGAGCCUGGGGGCGGCACGGGGCCGCUGCUGGGAGCCGGUGCCGCUUGGGCAAGGCGAAACGCCAUGGCUGCCGCCCUGGGAGGAGGCGCAGAUGAUGACUUUGAUCAGUUUGAUAAGCCUGGUGCAGAAAGGUCUUGGAGAAGAAGAGCUGGAGAUGAUGACUGGGACAGUGAACUUGAUGAUGACUUGCUUGGAGAAGAUUUGCUAACUGGCAAAAAGAACCAGUCAGACUUGUCAGAUGAAGAGCUGAAUGAUGAUCUUCUGCAAAGUGACAAUGAAGAGGAACAAGAAUUUCGUUCUCAAGGUGUCACAGUUAGCCUCAAUGCUACAUCUGGCAUGCUGUCGUCAUAUGAACUCUCUGAGGCCAUCAAUGAUCAGUCGGUAGAACAUGAGUCUGAGUAUGACCAAGGGGAAGAUGAAAUUGUUUAUGACAAAUCUGAAGCACCUGAAGUAUAUGCUUCAGAGUAUUCAGAGGAAGGACAUUAUGAAGGCAAUGAUCCUGAACUGACAGAAGACCAAAUAGAAUAUGGGGAAGAGCAUGGAGAAGAAGAUGAAGUGCUAGACCUUGAAAUCAAUGAACCUCUAGAUGAAUUUCCAGAUGAAGAUUACAUGCAAUCUUACAAUGAGCAAGCAAUUGAAGAACAAGAAGAGUAUACAGCUGAUGAGGAACUGGAAGAAUCCCAGACACUAAGGAAUGAAUCGGAAGAGGCAGCUAUUGAAUCUCUGGAACUUCAAGAAGAAACAAAAGAAGAAUCUGAUGAAGAGGAGGAUGAUGAUGAAGAGUCUGGACGAUUACGUUUCAAAACUGAACGGAAAGAAGGAACAAUAAUUAGACUUUCGGAUGUGACAAGAGAAAGAAGAAACAUUCCAGAAACAUUGGAACUUUCUGCAGAAGCCAAAGCAGCGUUACUUGAAUUUGAAGAGCGCGAAAGGCAGCUUAAACAGGGACGGUAUGGCUCAAGGAGAGGAGGGAGAAGAGGAGGCUCAAUUAUGUGCCACGGAAUGGGAGAACAAAGGAGAGACAAUGAUAGGGGAAGAAUGAAAGAUCACAGACCUGCACUGCUGUCAAACCAGCCAUCUACAAUGACUCAUUCACAGAGGUUAAUUCCAACACACCAGCAACCUGUUAGGAGUCUGUUCCAGCACCAUCAACAGCAGCAGCAUCAUCAACAGCAGCAACAACAGCAGCAGCAGCAACAGCAGCAGCAGGAACAGUUACAAUCUCUGCUUCCUUUACAGCAUCAGCAUCAUUCUUCUCCUCCAGGGCUACAUAUGCCCCCUCAGAUAGAAACGCCUAGAAUAAUGAUGACUCCACCUCCAGUGACACCUCAACAACCGAAGAAUAUACACAUAAAUCCACAUUUCAAGGGGACAGUAGUGACACCUGUACAAGUGCCCUUGCUGCCAGUUCCAGCCCAGCCAAGACCUGCUGUAGGACCCCAGAGAUUUCCUGGUCCUCCGGACUUUCAGCAGCAUACACCUGGACCAGUUCCUACCAACUUCUCCCAAGCCCCAAGGCUGCCAAUCCAGGACCAGUGGAGGGGGCCACCACCGCCACCACCACCACUCCCUCCUCCACCUCCUCAGGAAAGAGAUCCCUUCUUCCUAGCAGAUCCAAGGUUUCCAAGCCAUCACUUGUUUGAGCAGCGGAGCCCCCCGCCACCACCACCUCCCCCGCUUCUUAAUCCUGUCCCUACUCAAAAUCCAAUGCCAUUCAGCCAGCCUGGACCAGCAUUUAAUCAGCAGGGACAACAACCAGUGUUUCCCAGAGAGCGGCCAGUACGGCCAAACAUGCAGCCUCAAGGUCCUGUGGGAAUUCUCCACUUCAACCAACCGGGUUCGGCGAAUCCGCGGCCGUUCAUCCCUCCGAGGCAGCAGUUCAUGCAGGCUCCGGGACAGCCUUUCCUCGCCGCGCACACGCAGCCCAGCAUGCAGGGUCCUAUGCAUCCUCCAUUACAGCCUCAGCCACAACCUCAGCCUCAGCAGCACCAUCACCAGCAGCAGCAUCAUCACCAGCAACAGCAACAGCAACACCAUCAUCAUCUCCAAGGGCCACCACAGCCCUUGAUGCCCAUGAACCAGCCCCAGUUCAGGCCUCACAUGCAGGCCACACAGCAGCAGCCAAAUAAUAACAGGAUGCAGUGUCAGCCACGACAGGGUCCAAUGAAGCCGAGGCAUAAUACGCCAUCGCAAAAUAUUGUCAAGCGUCCAAAUCAGCAGCUACAGUCAACUGCUCCAAGGAAUAGUAACUUGCGUGAGUUGCCGAUAGCACCAUCACAUGCUAUGGAAAUGAGCAACAACAGGCGCGCCUCUACACCAGCUGCUCAAGUUAAGCCCAUUACGAGCACGAUGUCUGCCACCAAUUCUGUAGCUGGUGUUGGAAACUCACAGGGAAGGCCUGAGAUGAAAACUAAAGCAGUCACACCAGUGGGCCAAGCAAAAUCAGAAGUAAAAUCUGAACCAGAGUAUCCGGAUGAAGAUGAAGAAACUAGAUUGUAUCGUUUGAAGAUAGAAGAGCAGAAGCGUCUGAGAGAAGAAAUUCUGAAACAAAAGGAGCUGAGACGGCAGCAGCAGGCUGGUGCUAGAAAGAGAGAAUUGCUCGAAAGACUUGCGCAGCAGCAGCAGCAGCCUACGCAACAGUCCUACAUGCAUCAUCAGGAGGACGACUCCUCUGAGUUCCCCACCAACGGCAGUCCUUACAUACCCCACUCGGGUUUACAGACCAGGCAAAAUGUGAAAAACAGACUCCUUGUUAAAAAGCAAGAUAUGGUAGUUCCGAAUAUCCAACCCAAACCCACAGAUUUCCCACAGGUCGGGACGAAUAUGCCAUAUCAAGGACAGCAGAUGAAGCCAGUGAAGCAGCUGAGGCAGACUAGGACAGUACCUCCGAGUCAGCCUCAGACACCACAGAAAGUGUUACAGACAAAACCUGCUGCAGCGUCGCUGCCCACAACACAGACUGCUCGAGUGGCUUCAUUACCAGCAAGGCCCCAGGAAAUGAAAGCUGGUGUGAAAAGGACUGUCAUGCAACGGACAAACAGUAGUAGUGGAGAAGUGCCCCAUGUCGGCAGCAAAGUCAGGGUGAUUAAGUUGUCAGGAGGGCAGGGGGGAGAGGAUGCUGGCUUUUUUCACCCAGAGGGCCAGCCUCAGCGGCCUCAACAACCCCCGGAGCCGAAAGAGCAGCCAGUGCGGAAGGUCACAUUGACAAAGGCAAUGCAACAGCAGCAGCACCAACAGCAGCAGCAGGCACAGAUCCAUUCACCAGCUCCUCAAGGAGUCAAAAACAUCCAGGGAUUCCAUCAACCUAAAAAGGUCAUUAUGCACGGCAGAGGCAGAGGAGUAGCAGGCCAGAUGGGCCGAGGACGCUUGAUGCCAAAUAAACAGAACCUGCGAGUGGUGGAGUGCAAACCUCAGCCCUGUAUUGUGUCAGUUGAAGGGCUUUCUUCAUCAACUACUGAUGUCCAACUGAAAAACCUGCUGAUGUCAGUGGGACCCAUUCAGAGUUUACAGAUGCUUCCUCAACAACGGAAAGCCAUAGCAAAAUUUAAGGAGCCAGCACAUGCUUUAGCAUUUCAACAGAAAUUCCACAGGCACAUGAUAGAUCUCUCCCACAUAAACGUGGCACUGAUAGUUGAGUGAUGUCUGCUGAGAGAAACCCUGACACUAACAGGAGCGUACUGUGGAGCUACACAAGACACAGUGACAUAACCAUCGGGUUGUGAAACCUUUCAGCUUAGUCUUUAAUUGCUAUAUUGAACUACAGAAAGCAGCGAGACGUCCUCCAGAAGAGCUGAACUUGAGAGGAACAGCAAAGGUGGAAUUUCUGUUCAGUUUGCUCGUGUUCUGUUGUAACCACGUAGAAAUACAGAUUUUUUUUUUUUUCAAAAUGCUUUCAACGCGUGUAGACACUGUUCUUCAAGAUCCUGCUGUGUGACCACAGUGACUUGAGAGAGAACGUUUACAUCGAAAGAUCUAGAAACUGUCUUCAUAGUAAAGAAUAUUUGAUAAUGGUUGCUCUUAUCUUCAGUGCGAAGUGUUUGAAUGAAAAUUCACUUUUCUAAACAAAAUACAUACAGUUAUGUUGUAUAUCUGAGGGCACAGAAGGUAUUUCUUGCAUAGGUUUAAACGUGUUCACUGAAUAGCGGUAUGCUGAGAGCCUUUGGAGGUGACACUGGAAAACUGUAAUUUCUACCUUGUAAAUAUGUUGUCUGUCUUUGCGUUUGUCUAUUCCAACACAAACUUCCACCUUCUCCUUCCAACUCCACUUAUUCCAUGAUACAAUAUGUAGGAAUAACUUUGCUGUAUUUUCCCUUGGUUUUUAAAAACGAGGAUCUUUGCCCUAAAGUACCAUUGUGGGGUAGUGAGCUCCCAAGCGAUAACUAGGUUGUUUUAAAUGACGUUGCCAGAUACAUGGAAAAAGAAAUAUUUAGUGGCUCAACUCAAAGCUAUUACACAGGAAGACUGGCGCAUUCCUAGUAGUUCUUUUGGGCUAGGAUUUCAUGACUGCCAUAUACUGUGUUUUGAUUAGGUUUUUUUCUUCGAGAUUUAUUUUGUGACUAAUGCUGAACCAUAAGAAACCCAUGACUGAAAGGACUUGGUUUGAUGUGUUGUUCCCAAUAAAUAUGGGACUUUCAGGACAUUGUGAAUCUGCUCAGGAAUGUGGCAGUUCCACAAAAUUUUGUGCAAACCUUAAGCAGCUUAUAUUUUAUUUGAAGUAAAAUCCAUAUUUCCUUUUGCUUAGAACCAUUUAGAUGGUAUUGCCAAGGGAAGAAUUUUUUUCAGUUACUUCUGAAUAAACUUGUAUAAAUGUCAUCUUUAUAUUGGAUUCCCGUUUUUAUGAACAUUUCCAGAGUAUUUAGACUGUGAGCUUUUGCUUCAUUCUUUAUUUUAGGAAUACACUUAAGCACUCCACCUAUUAUUAGAAGGGGGGACUUACAGAAACCCUGUAGGUUUUUUACCUGAGUGACCACAGAAGAACACUUAUUGGUAUGUAAUGAAACAGCUGCAAAUGGAAUCCAAAAUAGGCAUGCCAAGGGGGGAAGUGAGUUUAUAGUAGCAUAGGAUUUUUUUUUUGAAGAUUUAAUGGUAACCACCUCACAAAGACCUAAUUGGCUUUCUUACAAUUUUGAUCUGUAUUUUCAAUUACAUAGAAAUUACUAAAAAUAAUAAUUGAAUAGUAAAUGCUGUUGAAAGGAUUCUAGGUCAAAAACUGUUCUUUGUUCAUCGACAUAAUAUAGAAUAAUGUGGUACUUUGGAAAGAAUUGCACUGGGAAAAAAAUUUGAGAGGUGGCACUAAGCCCAUUUACAACUUAGGAGAUGCAGUAACAUCAUGAGAAUUUUUGUAUGGAAGUUUUUGACAUUCAUCUGUGGAGUUCCCCAUUUCGGCAUGAUACCGAGUAACAUUUAGCACAGUUACUGUACUUAAAGUGCUUUUAGUGCCUCAGGGUAGACCCAAGCCCAGGACAGAGAAUGAGCCACAGGUAGGAAGUGCCUGGUGGGAGCCAGCCCUGAAGACUCAGCAAGGUGAUCUGCCACUCUGAGCACUAGGACCCCACGCUGCCUUCUCAGGUUAUGUAAUUUUUAUUUUUAUGAAAUAAAUGCUUUUCCUUACAAUGAGUCAUUAAGCAGUUAUUCAUCCCCCUCUUAGGGACCAGUUUCUCUGUAAUGAGAAGGAUAGGAAGACACUCUUGAAGUGGAGUGAUGAUAAUAGUGCGUGUCUGGAAAUCUGGGCUAGAUACAAGUGCCAGACAGGCCAGCAGCUGAGUUCAGCAGUAGGAACAUCUGCAGUUGAUAAGCUGUCCUGUCAGGAGGAAACGUUAUUGGGGAUAGAGGAUUUCUUGGAGCCUGAGAAUAUGGGUUUGAUUCAAAAGUCAAAGAAGUUUGUAGAAACACUCCUGCUUUGGGUUUUGAAUCCAUCCCAAAGAGGCUGAGGUUCAGCCAACUUAAGAACUUUUAUUCAGUUGGGUUUUUUAAAAAGAAAAUUUUUUUUGAGACAAAUGUGUGGCUUUGGAAUAAAGACAAAAUCACCUCAGACCUGUUUAAGUGUAGGAGGCAACGUAAGCAAUGCCUAUUUAAUGACUAGAUGCAUCCUCUUUAAAGGCGGUUGCAGUAGGUUAUUGCUUGUGCAUAGGUGGUGCCAGUGAAUCGCUGGUGGUGAUUUUAGCUCCUUAUUGCAGCACCUGGGGAUCUUACUGUGUGUAAACAUACUAUAUGUAUGUGUGUCUAUAUGCAUUUUAUUAUACACAUACAUACAUAUGCACACCCUAUGUUGUCACCAUAUCUUAAACAACCUCGUUAGCAAUUAGGCAAGUUAUUUGUUAAAAUGUUUGUGUUUUGUUAGUUCUCAAAUCCUGACUUAAAUCUGGAUCUCUUGGCAAUGAUCAGUUUGGAUCAUAUAGCUCUUUUAGAUCCAUUCGUUGUCCCCUCCCAAAAUGACCCAAAGGAAGUAGAGAUAAAGCUAGACGGACAUGUUCUUGCUAUGUUCUCUUUCAGCAUAUAGUUAAUUCUGAGCAUCUUAAGUUAUCUUUCUUGGAAGAUCUGUUGCAACCAUUAUCUUGUUCUUUCUGUAUGAUGCGUUCAAAAUACAAUGCAAAAUGGAGAGAGAAAAAGCAUUUAAUGUAGUAUGUAAAUAUUGACCUUUUAAAAUUAAAAUGUUACUCAAACUGCUUACAGUCAACCACAUUUUAGCUAUUUGUUAGUUUUUUGUGUUGUCUUAUCUAAGUUUAAUGGAUACAGUUCCAUAAAUGUUGAUGUGGUUUUGUGUAUAUCUUCAAAUUUUUAUAAAGAUGCUAGUAAGUCAAUACAUAUUUCCUGACCUGUGUAUUAUUUGUUCACAGUUUUUAUUAGCAUAAUUUUAUAAUUAUUUUAAUAGGCAAGUCCAGUAAGUGAUUAUUUGGAGCCAACUUUUUUUUCCUCCCAGAUUAUUUUGGUUUUGUCUUGUAGUACUGGAGAACUCAUUUUAUAACUAAUCAUAUUUUGCCUCGACUAAAAGAUUGGAUUGGCCAUAUGAUUGGUGGUAUUUUAGUAGAAUGAUUUACUUUUUCUUAAUUUAAAAAAAAAAAAUCUGUCCUUAACUUUUGAGGGGAAUUGCAGUGCAACUGUCAGGCCAAGGAGUGGGGUUUCUAGAUUUGUUCCAUUGUGCUGUACAAGUACAAAUUAGGUCUGUCUUGUAACAUUGUUCUCAAAAGUUUGGAAUAUUUUGGGUUUACACGUGAUUCAAGUUGCUCAUGUAACACAUUUGUUCAUCACAAUGUUAGCAACUACUGUGGCACACAUACUGUAUGAUGGGAGGAUACGCAGUGUUUGAAAAGCUCAGCGUCAUUGGUGCUAGGCAGGAGGAGGACAGGUCGGUAGCGUCUUCAUAGCUGGAGAAGCUCGCAUGCAAAUAUUUCUCUUUAAGUAGUGGUAGUGAAUAAAUUUAGACAGGGAUAGUGUUCUUGGCCCAGGUACAUCGCAAUAUUACAGUAAAUAUCGUCACCCCCUCUGUAAAAUAUCUUCAGAUACAUCGUAUGUUCCCCAGUUUAAUCCUAAAGAAUCACUCCAGAUUUCCAAAUUUCUGCCAAAAGUCCUUCUAGCCAAUGAAAUAACAAGCAGACGGAGCGUUUUAGUCCUUUGAUAUUAGUCCUUGCAUCCACUGCAAGGGUAUAGAUGGGAGAUUUGUAAUAAAACUGCAGGUUGUUUCAGAAUAACCUUGAGGAUCUUCCAUAAUUUUCCCUUAACAUGAUCUACCUGUUUGGAAUAAGAAAAAAACUUUUACUUGGUGCUGAUUUUUUUUUUUAAAUUUUUUUUUAAACCUUUUAUCUGUUGAAAUUGUGCAGUUUUUCAGAGGCUGCUGUGGGCGCUCCUGGUAGUUACACACAGUAAAUGCGUGUCUGUAUGUGUGUGUGGGUGCGUUGCCCGUGGAGCUGUGGUGAGAGGGCGGGCAGGAGGGUGUGGGUUUUCAUUCCUUGGGGGUUUUGUUUUGACUGGGGUUUUUUUUGUCUAACUCUACAGAUAGCCUAGAUUUGUUCUCUGGUGUAGUAUUGUGUUGUUCUUGUCCUUCGCAUAGUACUGUGUUUAUGUGGGUUGUGGUACUCGAAGGUAGAAAAUUAGCUGCACCCAUUCACUGUCAGAGAGGCAUUUUUGUUCAGGGAGACAACCCUUUUUUAAAUUAGUUUUUGUACUUCUUAUUUGAUUUUUAGCAGCGUGUUGGAUGAGAAAUUAAAUGUGCAGGAAACCCGUACUGAAAAGGUUGCAGAAAGUUAGAGUAUAAAGGUCGUUUAGGGUAACAUAGAGGUUUUGUUUCAAUGUUACCUUAAAUCAUGUGUUAAUCUCUAAUUAAUUCAUAAACAUAAUACUUGAAAGUAUUUUAUCUUCAAUUAGUAUCAAAUCCUAAGGAUUUUAUGUCAGGUUUCUUUGUAACCUGAUUUUUAAUCAUAUAGGUGAUUUAUUAUUCACAUGAGCACAGGGUCUUGUGUACAAAACCACUGAUUCAUAUUGGAUCCUUACGUAUACCAUCUUCUGGUAUGAUAUGGUUGGGAAGGAUCAUUUUAUUCCUCAUAAAACUGCUUUUUGGAGAGUUGGGGUUUUUUAUUAAAAAACACCUCUUGUUUUCUACUUCUGUACUUAUUUUGGUCCCUUUUGCACUAAAGAAAACCUCAAGGGGAAAGUGAAUCUCACUGGGUCUUUUAGGUGCCUGUGUUGCUUUCUUACUUCUUGGUUGGAUGCACUGAUUUUUCUAACUAACUGGAAAUGGGCUUUAUAUAUACACUGAUUUUCAACAGGUUACAUUGCUUUUAUUUAGUGUAACAGUACUUGGGUAAUUUUUUUACCAUUUAAAUAAUUUUAAACAGUGUUACAGUUUAAGAACAUUUUUGUACAAGAACCUGUGUACAGUUUAAUGUGGCUGUGUUGCAAUGUUGUGUGUAGUCAAUUGGAAGAUCACAAUUUAAAACACCGCUCUAUUGAUGUUACGUCCGUUCGGUGUGUCAGGAUUUUCUUUGUACCUAAUGGUUUCUAAUAUGCCUUUUAUUUUUUCCUAGUGUCUGUCAGACUGACUUUGGAAGUUUACUGUUUUAUUUCUGUUUAUAUAAUAACAAAAACUCUCUUUUGCAGGAUUUCUUUUGCAGGAGGUGAAGUGUCUUUCAGCAGUUUAAUUGCUAGUUAAUAUACAUUUUCACUUUCAGAUACAGCAAAGACACGAUGCUAACACUCAUUUUUCACAGCUGAUCAUCGGUACCAUUGCACACAAUUUUUAUUGGUACAAAGUGCCCCUAAGUCAACUUUAUUUUUUCCUGUGGUGCCCUUUUCUUCUGCCCUGUGCUUCACCUCAUUUCCAUCUCAUUUGCCCCUAUUCUUUCAUUCACACAAGGAUAUUUGUAUCCUUGUUAUGUUCCUGCUCUUUCCACUCUCUGUUCGUCUCUCUGGACCUUUUCCUGUCUGUGUGCAUUGCUUUCAAUCUUCCACUCUGUUUUUUUGUUCUUACAGGCUCUUUUGAGGAUACCGGAAGCCUUCCUGAAAGCACGUUGCACUGUAAUUUUCUUUGCGGUCUUUGGUACAUAAAAUUCAGGUUGCUUUUACAGGUAUUGCACCUUAGGAGAUGCUGCCCAUCCCCAAAUACUGGAGAAGCAUCACUUAACGGUUUUCCUUUGCAGUUUUACCUGUGUUGGAGAAUUAAAACGUUUUGUGUACAUGCUCUAGCAUUUGUGGCAAGCCAGGCAAAACAGCAUUAACUCCUCUUUUGUCCUUUUCACUUUUUCAGGAGUUCUGUUCUUGAAUUCAGUGAUAGUAAUAGCACUUUUUUUUUAUUGCCAUGUAGAAAUACGAACACUGUCGACAAAAUUCUACCUCCUAUUACUAUUACUGAAUGUGAUCCUUCCUAACCUGUAAAGUCUUAAACACUGUAUAUUUUUGGGUGUUCUGAGAAUCACUUCAAAUGUAUUGCUCUAAUCUGGAUUGCAGAGUUUGUUUAUUAGCAGUUCAGGAUAUAAAUUCAUCAGACGACUAUAUCAUACUGACUCCAGUGAGGGUUCGUCUACCUCAUGUUUUCUACAGCGUCAUCUGCACAAGAUGUUUACUGCUAAUUUCUUGAAUGUAAUACUGAACUUUACCAAAUCCUCCGCUUGCAUAAAAGAUCUUUGUCAUACCUAUUUAAGUGAAUGUAAAAAUGGAACCACAAAGAUGACCUCUUGUACAAGAUAUUUUACAUGUAAUUCCAUGUUUCAAAUGUCAACGUGUGAAUAUAUUUAUUGUACCUAAAAUAUGUCAAUAAAACUUGUUCUUUAUCAUGC